AUCAACUACUGCAUUGUUAAAAUUCUCUGUUUUGCGCGUUGAUUAUUUGAAUUAUCGUCAUUUGGACUACUUCUAGAAUAGUAAAUAUCGAUCGAUUCGACAACAUUCAGAGUUCAUAAUGACGUCAGACAAAAAGACAGUGGGAGAAGUGAAUGCAGAAAUGAAAAAAAUCUUGAAGCCCGACGACUUAAAAGGUGACAUGGAGAUUAUGCUGUCCUCUAAUUAUGACUGGGCGGCCAUGUUGACUCCCGUCCCACUCUCUGUCUUUCUGUUUGGCCAGUUGGUUUUGGUCAGCCUAGAUCGAGGCUUUUCCCUGGUGACAGAUGAUACGGGCAGGUCGCAAUUCAAGGUCACAAGUAAUCCCCAGUCACUGCAGGAGUCGAUGAUGCACUUAGCAAAUGAAGGCUGGGAGAGUUUCAAUUGUGCGAGCAAGAACAUGAAUGCUAUCCGUUUGUUGUCAAAACAAGUGCCAAUCUACAUAAGGGACACUGUCAAGGUUAUCGUGGAAGGAACACCGGAAGAUAUUGAAGAAUUAGUUCCCGAUUACCUUUCUGAAGUGUUAACAAUUGCAGAAAGAUGUAGUGACAAAGCAAGUAAAGUUGAAAAACAGUUCGAACGAGUCAUGUUACUCAUUGGCGGGCUAAAGGAAGAAUGCACAGUUGCUAAGGGGAGCUGCGAGGGAAAAAAAACUAACUCAAGCACAGGCUGAAAAAGAAAAAAAAGAGAGGCGCAUGAGAAAAGAAGAAUUUAAUAAGGAACAAUUGCAGGAGGAUUAUGAUCAGAUGAAAUGGAAUUUGAACAAAGCAGUUGAAGUUUACACAACGGCAAUGGAGUCAGAAAAGUCUUUGGGAAUGACAGUGGGUUCACAAAUGAUUCAGGGAGUGAUUAACGCUGUAACUGCUCCAUUAAAUAUGUUAAACCAGCGAAAUAUUUGUAGUUCUUUUGAAUUGAAACGGCAUAAGGAGAGAAAAUUGGGCGGAAUCUACUUUUGGAUUGGAGUUCUUUUGGAAAGAGCUAGAAAUGCUGUUGAUGAUGAGGCGAGUUCUAAAACUGUACAAAAAGAACUUCAUUCAUUGAAAAAUUUGACUGCCAGCUUUCGCAAUAUUUGCAGCUUUCAGGAUAAUGGGCAUCACGAUGGAAGAGUGAAGAUACUAAAGGAGAACUCAGAGAAAGUUUUGCUUAUCUUAGAAGAAUCACAGAAUAGUUUGAACGAGGACAAUAAUGCAAAGAACAAACAACGGGAAGAAGUCGAACAGCUUACAGAAGAAUUGGAAUGUGCCUUGAAAGCAAUCAAUGCUUAUUUUUCGAAUAUGAGCUCAACAAUGCCAAUUGAAAAUCCAUCGCCAAGACUGGACAAAAUGAUGACUAGCUGCAGCGACGCUAUUCAACCUCAUGAUCAAACUAUUAAAAUGAAACUAGAAAUAGCCCAAACUGGACUGCAGGCUGCCAAAGAUGAUUUCACAGAAUCAAGCAAGAAAAUGAUUGAGGCCAGCGGGCAGUAUUGUAAUUCCAUCGAGGAGCUGGGCAAAAUUAACUUGGAUAACGUCAGUCUUGUUGACAUAAGAAAACUGCUGGUGAAAAACUUGAAGGCACUUGGACUAGUGAAGACGGAAUGGGAGAAGUUGGUCAGGUUCUUCCAGACGAUUGCCAAUAUCAUUAAAUUUGCCAUCGAGGAAAAUGUGAAAAAAUUCAAGAGUCAUGUCUACAAGAUUCAACGAAGAGCCAUUGAGUACACACUAUCCGACAUGCAUCGCGACAUCUUGUACCAAAAUGCUAACAAUGUCAACAAACUGGCGUUUGUGGUCUCAAAUCUGUCUGCCAUGUACUGUGACGUUUCGGAAAAUCACAUCAUAAAUCAGGUUGCUUCGCUGGGUCAACUCCUUGCUCUUGACCCAGACCAGGAGCGAAAAGCCAUACAAGAUAAGCAAUACGAGUUGAAACAACAGGCGAAAAAAGCCUGUUCGAGUAUCAAGGAUAUUGUAACAAAGCGUAUGACUGACUUCGAAAAGAGAGUUAAUCAGCGGAUGACGGCGAUUGAGAAUCAGAUGAAGGUUGUGAUGCCAGUGGUCGAAGAAAAUCCAAGAGUGAGAGCGGCUAUAAACGAGGCGAUUGCGGAGUCCAACCAGAUAAAAGCUGACGUUCGAAAAAAGGAUAAGGAAGAUUAUUUCAAACAUCUCGACGCUGAUGAGUGGUGCUGA